ACAGUCACGAGUUCUGAACUGUAAACAAGAUGAGGAUUUUGAUUGUUUUCUUUGUAGCACAUUUAGUUUGUGUCGUGUCAUUGGCUCCAACUCCUUGUACCAAGAAGGACUAUGGGAAAGGGUCAUUUGUAUGUGUGUGUAAUGAGGUCAGCUGUGACACAGUGGAAGCUAAUACCCCACUGACCCGUGGGAUGUUGGCACAGUACACUUCAUCGUCAAGGCAACACAGACUCGACAAGCAAGUUCUCAAGUUUGAAGCCAAUGCAACAGGAUCUUAUACAUACACAAUCAACCGCACAGAGACUUUCCAGACUGUGAUUGGGUUCGGAGGAGCCUUCACAGAUGCUGCUGGUAUCAACAUCCUCUCUCUGCCUCCCAAGGCUCAGGACAACCUCAUCUCAUCCUACUUCGCUCCAACAGGUAUUGAGUACACUACUGGCCGUAUCCCGAUGGCGAGCUGCGACUUCUCCACACACACCUACUCCUAUGAUGACCACCCUAAUGACUUCAACCUCACUCAGUUCUCACUUGCCCCUGAGGAUCUCAAAUACAAGAUUCCUAUAGUACAGAAAGCAAUGGCAAUAAGUCAGCGAAAUAUUUCCAUAUUUGGAAGUCCGUGGAGUGCACCAGCCUGGAUGAAGACAAACAACAACAUGACUGGGAAGGGGUCACUGAUUGGUCAGCCAGGUGGACCGUACUACAAAACAUGGGCAAACUAUUUCAUCAGGUUUCUUCAAGAGUAUGAAAAGCACAACAUCAGCCUGUGGGGCCUGACAGCUCAGAAUGAACCGACCGAUGGGGAGAUCACCAAGUUCUUCUUCCAGUGCAUGGGCUGGACUCCCGAGCAGCAGAGAGACUUCAUCAUCCAGGAUCUGGGCCCUGCCCUGCAUCAGAACGGGUUCCGUGACGUGAAACUGAUGAUAUUGGAUGACACCAGGCUCAUGUUGCCCUACUGGGUGGAGAAGGUGUUCAUCUCCCCGGCUGCCAGGAAGUACAUCUCAGGUGUUGGUGUACACUGGUAUGAGGACCCCUUCCUCCCCACCCUCCCACUGGACAACACCCACAAGAACUUCCCUGACCUGUUCCUCCUGGCCACAGAGGCGUGCGAAGGCUCCAUGUUCUACCAGAUGGACAAAGUCAGCCUUGGCAGCUGGAGCAGAGCCCAGUCGUACACACGCUCCAUCAUACAGGAUCUGAACCACUGGGUGACCGGCUGGACAGACUGGAACAUAGCACUGGACACACAGGGGGGACCCAACUGGGCCAAAAACUUUGUGGACAGUCCUGUCAUUGUCAAUGCUACAGCCAAGGAAUUCUAUAAGCAACCCAUGUUCUAUGCCCUUGGCCAUUUCAGCAAGUUUAUUGUCCCAGGAGCUAAAAGGAUCUCUCUCUCUGAAAGUGGCGCCGUGGAAACAAUUGAGACAGUGGCAUUUCUUUUACCUGAUGACUCUGUGGUACUGGUCAUUCACAACAGCCUUGAUGGGGAGUAUUCAAUGACCUUACACGACCCUGACCUGGGAUAUGCCAAUGUCAAGUUGGAACCACUGUCUAUAAACACAUUCAUCUGGUGGAACAAAUGAGGAGUGUCCUGGGAUGUUUCAUAAAUGCAUUAGAGUAUUGUGUGUGUGUUGUACCAAAAUCAUUCUCUAAUUAUGAACUAUUUAUGUAAUGUAAUAAUGGCAAGAAAUACAUGUUCUGAGAUUGUGAGUGAGUGAGUUAGUUGGGUUUUACGCCGCUUUUAGCAGUAUUCCAGCAAUAUCACGGUGUUGGACACCAGAAAUGGGCUGCACACAUUGUACCCAUGUGGGGAAUGGAACCCGGGCCUUCAGCAUGACGAGCGAACGCUUUAACCACUAGGCUACCUCACCGCCCUGAGAAUGUGAUAUGAGAAUGUAUGGCUGUACUUGAAAAGUGUUUUGUGAUCUCAGGGAUAUAUUAACUUUACUGUAUAUAGAUGUGGGUUGAUGCAAGACUGUUCUUCUAAUGUAUUUUACCACUGGUAAGAUGUGUGAAAACCUGUUUCUGCAACAUUCCAGCCAUAGUUACCUAGACAUCCUCAAGGUUUUGCACCUGACAGUGUCUGACGUCAUCAGACAUGAUGUACAUAGUUGUCUCCCUUCCUGCAUGCUUCAGACACUGAUCAUGCUGGUGUGUCUGCAGGGACCUGGUGUCUAGGUUACAGGUCUCCUACAGGUAUAUAUAUAUAACACUGACACUGGAAGAUGAUUUAUUUUCUAACGUUUUAUAUGUGUUACUCUACCAACCCAUGUUAAGUGGCGAAUCUAGGAAGUUAUCCGAAAGCUAUGAGUACACAAUGUCUUUUAUAAAGUGGUCAGAUGCAAUAUAUGUUCCAUUUGGGAUUACACCUUCUACAGAUUCUAGAACAUAGUUUUGGAUGAGUCCCAUUCUGACACUCUCAGAUUCCAAAUUGCCAGUAAACGAGGUCUGUGAUAUAACCCACUCCGCCACAGCGACUUCCACUAAAAUGGAAGUUUGACAUACUUUGUUAACCCCUCUGACAAGUGACAGUUGGCAAGUCUACCCUUGCUGAAGCACUCUUGAGUACUUUACUGAGGAAUUGUAAUCCCAGAUAUAAGAUAUAUAACAUAUGUUUGCUUAAAGCAUCUUUCACAAGAAUUGCCACAGGGGUCAGUAGCACAGUUUGUUUCACUUUCAACACUUCAUUUGUCCCCUUGGUAAACAUCCACGCUAUCCUAGCAUAUACAAGUAAGUAAAGAUGGCUAAACGAGUCAGUUUCAGUGAGGAACAGGUAUUGUUUCGACUUGCAAAUGUUUUGUAUUCAGUUGCUUUGAGAAGACAACCCUCCUCUAUCCGGUAUGGGACACAGGGGACCAAGAAUAUGUUUUUUUCUAAUUAACCCAGUUUUACGUGAUGUGUUACACAUUAUAAUACAUAAGAAUAAUGCAGUCAGGCUUUUCAGUUUUUUUCCCAGCUAUUUAGUUUGUAUGGAACAAGAUUUGACAGUAACUGGAUUGCCUGACCACAAGGAGUGAGUGCAAUAAAUGUGUCUCUUAAUCGUGUUAUGAAUGCUCCAAAACCCCGAGUUGUGUCUGUUGAGAUUAUUAUAAAGGUUUGAACCCGAGGAAAUAUAUAUAUGUUAUAUUUAUUUAAUGUGUGAAUACUCAGCUACUGGCCAUGAUUGUUUGUUGAUAAAUGCUGGUGUAUUCCAUCUGUAUCACAGCGGUCGGUAGAUAACCUAGUCUGGACCCGACAAACCAGUGAUUGAUAUUAUGGUCAUUCAGAAAGUGUGUAUGUCUUAUCACCACAUCGGAUAUACAGUCGUAUUUAUCCAUAUUGUCCAUAUGUCCAUGUGAAAUCAAAGCAAUGGCGUUUGUUUGUAUAGAUAUAUAGUUUUGACCAUACUCUUAAAUUCUCUCAUAUUUGCCUCUAUAAACAUGAUCAGAAUGAUCAUCUAAGAGACUGGUUGUAGUAUUCAUGUUUCUCCACAAAGAUGACAUAAUUUGCUAAAAUCAAUAAAUUUAAGUGUUAUUUUCCCUCA